AUGCAAAUCUCAAACUGUUUCAAGAUAGACUGUCUAAAGAAGAGGCAAAGGUUGACACUUCUCUUUGAUGGAUGGGAUGAUAAAAUCCAUCGAAGCCUGUAUGGUUCUGUCGCAGCAGAGGUUGGGCAGUACCCAACUGUCUUAAGUCUUGAUGAGCUCACUGGGCAUCGAGGCUCUGCUGAGAAAUAUUUGGAGACUGUGAAAAAGGCGUUGAAAAAUAUGGAGAUAGAAAAUGGGAGGAAUAUAAUUGCUUUGACGAUGGAUGACCCAACUGUUAUGCAGUCUUUCCGUCGCAAGUUUAAAUCUGAGUAUCACUGGGUCAUUACUCUCACAUGUUUUUUGCAUAAUCUCAAUACCAUCAUCGGAAAGAUUGCCUUGUACCCUGCUAUGAAGAAAGUGGCCACAAAGUCUGCUCACAUUGUCUCGUACUUCAACCAGUCUCAUUACUGGGGUGGCCAAUUGGAUAAUGAAGCCCGAAGCAUGAACAUCCAUCGUUCAAUGAAGUCUAAUACUGAAUCACGUCCACUUGGCAGAAUUUGUGUGCGGCCAGACACCCAAAAGAAGACAAACAACCUUUCACCUGUCACACCUGAAGUGAUCAAAACUGUCCUUUCUGACCCAGUAUACUGGCCACAUCUAGGCCAAUUCAUCAAAACAUGUGAGCCCAUUGUCGAUGCGAUUGGAAAUCUUGAAUCACGGGAUGCUACCUUAGCAGACUGCAUGCUCGAAUUAAUUCGGUGUGCUCAGCAAAUGAUGCAUCUUCAACUUGAAGAUGGUGAAGAUGUCAGCUUCUGGAUGCAUGCCAAAGCUGUGUUCAAUGGUGAAUUUCACACCAUGAAUACCAAUAUUCAUGCUCUUGCCAUUUUCCUGCAUCCGAUCCGAACAUUUGAGCAGAUUUGCACAGCUGCACUCGACAUCGCAAAACAGUGGCGCUGGGAUGGUGAUCGAGCUAUCAAACUUGUCGAGAAUCUAAAGCAGUAUUACCAGUGCAAAAGUGCAUUCACAGGUGGUCAAGCCAAUGGGAAGGAUUGGUGGGAGAACCUUCUGAUAUCUGCAAAGACACACCCACUGAAAACACUCGCAAUCACCUUAUUCUUGAUUCGACUAUUUUCGGAUCUUGGUGGAAUACAGAUUCGCACUUUCGAGACCCUUGGGAAACUUCAUAACAACUAUUCCUAUCAUCCUGUCCGACAAAAACAUGCACACAUGCACACUCGAAACAAUGAUCUCGAUGCAAAUUUUGCAUGGACACCUCCGCUGGCAAGCCAAAGUCAGGUUGAUGACAAGCUAGAGGGGCCUGAAAGCUUAACAGAGGAUGAGGUUGCGGCUGCCUUUGAUGAGAUUGAGCAGCGCAUUGCAGAAUUCCCGACCACUAUUGACCCCCAGCUGGAAGGGUUCGAGAUCUUGGUGGGACAUGUGUAUGACCUUGUGGAGCUGGAACAGGUUGACAAAUGUAUCACCCCUGCAGCUUUCAAAGAUGAUGUUCAACAGGUGGGAUGUGACUUGGAGGAUGGUGUAUCUUGGGAUGUGCAGUCUCUGUUGACUAUGAAGGGUGUCUUGUUGAUGUAA